AUGGUGAAAGAAGGCAUUGUGUUGGGCCAUCGCAUCUCCAAGAAGGAGAUAGAGGUUGAUCAAGCAAAAGUGGAAGUAAUAGAGAAGCUUUCUCCACCCAUCUCUGUCAAGGGUGUGAGAAGUGUUCUUGGGCAUGCUGCCUGUAUGAAGGUAUUUGGAGAGUUGAAAGAGAAGUUGGUGUUUUCACCCAUUAUUAUUUCACCAGAUUGGAGUGAGCCAUUUGAUGUGAUGUGUGAUGCGAAAGGGGUUGCACUUCGUGUUGUAUUGAGACAUAUAAGGGAUAAAAUCCUUCACCCCAUCUACUAUGCAAGUAAAGUCCUAAACGAAGCUCAAAAGAACUACACGGUAACUGAACAAGAAAUUCUUACAGUGGUAUUUGCGUUUGAGAAAUUUUGCUCUUAUUUGCUUGGCACGAGGUUCAUGGUGCAUACCAAUCAUUCUUCCUUGAGAUUGGAGGAUGAAUCUAUGCGUGAAUUAGGAGAAAAGUCUGAAAUUGAUGAUGCAUUCUCUGAUGAACAUCUAUUGGCCGCUUCUCAAGAUUUAAUCCCAUGGUUCGUAGAUUUUGCGAAUUAUCUGAGUAGUGUGGAUGGGAUGAUUCGUCGUUGUGUACCUGAGGCUGAGAUGUUGAGUGUUUUGGAGGCAUGUCACUCCUCUCCUGUUGGAGGGAACCAUAGUGGUAUCCGUACUGCGCAUAAGAUCUUGCAGUGUGGGUAUUAUUGGCAAACCAUUUACCAAGAUUCUAAAAAUAUUGCCAAAUCAUGUGAUCGGUACCAACGAGAUGGAGGAAUUUCGAAGAGGCGAGAACUCCCCCCGAAUCCUAUUCUGGCUUGUCACUUCCCGAUCAAGCUAGAGCAUAAGUCAAUGUGGGCAAUGAAGGAACAGAAGUUGGACUGGACUGAAGCGGCAGAACAAACACUAAAUGGAUUGAAUGAGCUAGAUAAGUUUCGCCUAAAAGCCUAUGAAAGUUCAGCCAUCUACAAAAAGAAGAUGAAGAAAUAUCAUUACCAAAGGAUUGAAAAGCGAGAAUUUGCAUUGGGUGAUUUGGUGCUCCUAUUCAAUUCUAGGCUACACUUGUUCCCGGGCAAACUCAAGUCCAAGUGGACAGGGCCAUUCCUCAUCUCUAAAGUGUUCCCACAUGGAGUGGUUGAGUUUUCAAAUAAGGAAGGCCCAAAGUUCACAGUCAACGGGCAAAGGAUAAAGAUCUAUCUAAGACAUACGAAGAGUAUGCGUGAAAUGGUAGAGGCCUACCUUCUUGAUGAAGUCUGA